AUGGAUACGCCCACAGGUCUCUCGGGUCAACCCGAGCCAGUGUCCAAUCCCUCUCGGCCUAGCACUCUGCCCGAAGAGACAGAGCAUGCGUACUGGGCCGAGUACGAGGAGGACACAACCACUCCAGAUGAAGAUGAGAUGAAAGAGAUCGACGGCGGAGACUCGGACUAUAGCGCCUCAGACCACAAGUACUGGGAAACCAACUUCUUCCGGGACUUGGGCGAUCCCGAGUAUGUACCCACCGAAAAGGCACGGCUCACGUGGACCUUGAAGGGAGUGCGAGGUACUCCGGCGAACCCAAAUCGGCACAAAGUGAUUCGGUCUCCUGCAGCAUUCGUCGGAGGCUAUUGGUGGCGCAUCAAGUUCUACCCCCGGGGGAACAAUGUCAAUGCACUGAGUGUCUAUCUCGAGUGUUCUACGACCAUGCCUCCACCGGACGAUGACCUUCCCCAAAUGGAGUUCACCGUUCGCCGGGGUGGACCGGAUAUCUCCCUUGACGAUCACGCCCCGGAGGUGGAGUCGAAGACCGCCGCCACACAAGAUACAGAAGCGUGGCUGGAGGGCUACAAGUCUCAAUAUGAGGCGGCCAGGAACGCUUCGCCCGCAGCCGAUACGCAGGCAUCCGCUCCGUGGCGCGUGCCCGCCCAGGUGGGUGUGAUCGUAUACAACCCACAAGAGCCACGUACCGGAUGGAUGCAAUCAUCGUGUCAUCAGUUCAACCCCCAUAACUUGGAUUGGGGGUGGACUUACUUCCACGGUCCAUGGGAUCAGAUUCACACCCGUCGCCGAGGUCAGCACCGUGCUCUCCUGAGUGACGACACGCUCUCCUUUGAUGCCUACAUCCGAGUGGUCAAUGACCCUACUAAAUCGUUAUGGUGGCACCCAAGCGAUUCCGAGCCUACUUGGGACAGUAUGGCAUUGACUGGGUACCGGCCUUUGGGCGACUCAAUCAUCAAUCACAGUCCAGAGGUGGCUGGCCUUGCCUCGUGGUUGCACAUUGCUCCUUUUUGCGACAUCAUCAAAGGCAUUGAUGUGCUUGAGCACCUCAGCAAUUUCCAGGCAAAGCCCAAACCUUUGUGUGAUGCUCUGCAGAGGCUUUUGUGGCAACUUCGCCGACAGACGCAUUCCCCAAGCUAUGUAGAUACCGACGCAGUGACAACAACCUUGCGCAAUCUACACGAAUUCUCAAACGAUGUAUCCGAGUUUUGGGAACGCCUACGACGCACUCUAGAACUCGAGCUGGAGGGAACGGAAGCCGGCACGAAGUUUGCCGAACUAUUCGACAGUCCAACCGGGGACUCCCUUGCAUCCAAUGGUGAAAUUGUGAACAGGUUGCCUACGGACUUCAACUCGCGCCUGUACAUGCGAAUCGACCAAACCAAAUCCGUCUCGGAAGCGGUAAGCAGCUACUUGGAUACCAAGCCCGGCCGUUGGUCACUUCCACCGGUCUUGCAUGUUGAAAUUGGCCGCCAUACAUUGGACAAGGCCAAGCGCUGGCAGCUACGUUAUGACAAGGUUCAACUGGACGAGGAGUUGGAUCUCGCUCCUUGGGUGGUCGAUGGCCAAGGGAGCAAGUAUGUUCUGUAUGGAUAUAUCGUACACCGUGGCCGCCGUACUUCCGGCAAAUUCUUCAGCAUCCUCCGCCCGGCCGGUCCGGGCACCACAUGGCUCGCUUUUGAUGAUGGUAGUGACAAUCGCGUUGAGUGUCUGACUCAGAAGACCGCGAUGGGCCCGCACCUGGGCCUUGACCCUUCCCAGACUGUUGACCACAAGAAGGGACAUGACAUACCCGUUAUGGCGAUGUAUGUUCGCGGUGACAUGGUAUCCGAGCUGUUACCCGGUUCGCAGGAACCCUGGGAAAUCUCUGAAUCCAUGAAGCAAUAUUAUGAAACGGGUGUCUACCAUACAAGCGAACAGCCUACAGAUGAUGUUCAGAUCGAAGUCUAUUCGCUGCCUGAAUAUGACAAACUGACAAGUCUAUUUGAUUCAUAUGAUCUUAUGGCUCAGGCCAAAGCAGCAGACAGUGUCAUUCAUAUGACCUUGCCCCGUUCAUCACGACUAGCUGACCUACGCAAAAAGAUUGCUUCGCAUAAGCAUUCGGACUCGGAGCCAAUCAACCCUGAGCGCAUUCGCUUCUGGCAAAUUGGUAACACGUUCGCCCAGACUGGGUCAUCGGUCACCUUUGACCAUGCAACGGAUCUCAAUGUUCCAUUGGAUUCGUCUCUGAACAUCGUUCGAUUCUGGAUGGAAAUUAUCACGGAAGAGGACGCUCAAUUCUUUGCGAUCCCCGACCCUCCUGCGGUCAUCGCCCUAGAUGAUAAACUUGAAGACCACCUCGUUCAAUCUUAUGGACCUGAGGCCGUGGAAAAUGCGUCUUCAUCUGUGGUGGAAGGAGAUGCCAUUGCCAGUUCAUCUGGAAAUGUCCCCCGAGAAGCCACUACGGUUCCGAGCACCGCUAGCCUGGAAAGUGACGAUGAUAACGCAUCAUCUCAGCUUGCUGUGGUCUCGCCGGAGAUUGCCGAUUCUGUCACUGAGGGAGAGAAUGAAGUGGGUGGACAGCGAGUGGCUUUUACAGAAGCCACGAGCUCAGCUCCUGUUACCUCACUCGAGGCUAGAGCAUCUCCCACAACGACGGCCCCAAGUCCCGUUGAGCCUGGCAUUGAGUUACCCGUUUCCCACGCAUACUAUUUCAUCCAGAUGUUUGACGCAGACGCCCAAGUUCUGAGAACCGUGGGGUCGUUCUUCUCCAAACUGGAUGCCAACGUCAAAGCCUCAAUUCGACGCCACCUGAAGCGAUCCAUCCGACAAGACUUCCUAAUGUGGAAGCGAGUUGAUGGUGCAACGGUCACCACAGUGUCACCCGCCGACAGUUUUGAUGAUGUGAUGGCUCCGCACGGUGCCUGCUUCAUCGUUGGAGACAAGCUCACGAAAGACAAGCGCUCUGAGCUCGCAUCUUCCGGCUCAUUGACCAGUCCCGAUCGUCUAGUCCAAUAUCUGUGGGCCCAUUCGCGCGGUCAUCCAAUUCACGGAUUUACCGGACACAAGAUCAUUGAAGCCACAUUCACCCAAGACUACUACAGUGGUGACUUUGUCAAGGGUCAUCAGCACGGCAAAGGAACCCACAUAUCCGGCACCGGCAUGGUCUACGAGGGUGACUUCGUCUUUGGUCGACGCCAUGGGAAGGGCAAAUUAGUCUAUCCCACGGGCGAUUCAUACGACGGCGAUUGGGUCGAAGAUGUCUGCCACGGACAAGGCACAUAUAUCGAGAACACGACGGGAAAUAAGUAUGUUGGCGGAUUCAAGGACGGCAAACGUCACGGCAAGGGAAUCAGCUACUGGGAGGUCGCGGAUGCAGAGCUUGACCUGUGUCAGAUCUGCUACACUGAAGAAAUGGAUGCCGUGUUCGCCGAGUGUGGUCAUCUGUGUUCAUGUGUGACGUGCGCCAACCUCGUGAGCCUGUGUCCAAUGUGCCGCAAAGAGGUUAAGAAAGUGAUCAAGAUCUAUCGGGCAUAG